AGUUAGGCCACGUCCGUUAGCAAUAUCCUAAUUUCCACAAUAUCCACUUGAGGCUCGCACGGCGUGCUUAGGAAAUGACCUGUUAGACUUUCAUACGCGAGAAGUUAGCAGGUGAGCUGAUUUAUAUGAAUCAGGGAAAGCUCUUCAAUCAUGCUGCAACCUUGCUCUUUCUCCGCGGGCACGUAUUGACGAUCCUAGGCCGAGAAAUCAAGAAACAACCUGUGAUACCUAAGCCCGAGGUUUACUUUUAUACGAGGGACCUGUACUUAAAAAUAUAAAGCCAUUAACGCAGGGUGCAGACCGGGGAAAUUCUAAACGGAGCGGUCUAAUCGGGAAGAUCGGCGAAAAACGGACGUGCACUGCACCGAUCGAUCUACCUGUGCUCUCAGAGUUCCGGCACUGUUGGAUUGUAAUAACUGACCCUCUAUCGCCACGCGUGAGGGGAGUUAGAACCGCGCGGGCGGCAGGAAAUGCCGUAUUCUAACCUCCGGCCGAAGUUUUACUACUACGAUUCACUGAGGUGAUCGUUUGGGACGAUGCAGGCGGCUAUCUACGGGAUCCCCGCUAUGGCUCCCAGGAUUCAGGAUGACGGACCGCAGGACAAACGGGCGAAUCUGGGAGCCUCGUCCUUUGAAUUUGAGGAUGACCGCCAUAGCCACUAUGGGGAUGUUAUGCGUCCAGAACCAGUGACCGUAGAAGUUUGUGUAAUCUUCCUGAAGUUGGGUGAAAUAGACACCCUUAAAGAACAAUUCUCGGCAGACGUCCUGGUCAAAGCAAAAUGGCGGGAACCGGAACUCGACCGGAAAGGCAAGAAUAAGGACGAGCUCAUUGAUGAGGAUGAAAUCGACUUUGAAAAAUACUGGAACCCGAAACUGUUCGUAGAAAACACUGUUGGUGACCCCAAGGAGGUUCGGUGGCGCACUCUAGCGUUCUCUUCUGAAGGGGACGCCUUCAUCUGCGAAAAUCAAAGGCUCAAGGGGACAUUCGUAGAAAAUUUAGAAUUGAACGAUUUCCCCUUUGAUGUUCAGGAUCUGACCGUGACGGUGACUUCAGAGAGACCGGCCUCGGAGCUCAACCUCAUUGAGGACCGUAUGGAGCUCCACCGUGUCUAUAAACAAUCGUUCAUUGACGAACAGGAGUGGAGUUUAUACAAACAUUUAGAGUCUGAAAGCAAAUUUUUAGCCGAACCGCAUGGGGACCCAUCGGUAAAAAGAGUGUUGUUAUCAGUUAAAUGCCGGGCAGCAAGGCGACCUUGGUUUUUCGUUUGGAAUAUAUUUCUUGUUACGUUCCUGUUCUGCAGUUUGUCGUUUGCUACCUUCUCAGUGGAGUAUAAUCUACCACAGAACCGUCUACAGCUGUCAUUUACCUUGGUGUUAACGGCGGUCGCUUUCAAGUUUGUCAUCAACCAAAGUUUACCACGUGUGUCCUACCUAACAUACUUAGACAAAUAUCUCCUGGGUUCUAUGUGCCAGCUGGCCAUCGUCUGCGCGUGGCAUUCCAUAGUCGCUAAGAUCGACAGCAAACAUGAUGCGAAAGUUGCAGAACUGGUGUUUCUCACCGCCUUAGCCGUCAUCUAUAUUGGAUUCAAUGCCGGGAUUUGCUUUCACAUUUAUGCAUUUGCUUGCAAAAGACGAAGAAUUAUGAAGCAGAAAGACAGAGAAUACAUGGUCAAGAAUUUUCUACGUAAUAUGCACAGGAGAGUGUUGCCCGCCACCAAUUAUCAAAGCAGUACUCUUCAAGCUCCGCCAGCGGGGGGCACGCCAUCCACCCCCCAGAUAUCACCGCAAACUCCCACAACAGGACACCGCCAGGCGGGGCCAAGCAUCCUUCAUUCGUGUAGCACUGCCCCGGUUCUUCUGACCACCGAGACAACCACCACGGAUUCCGACAAAAUAAAGAAAAAGGGGGAGAGUACAGUGGCGGCACCUGGUGGUCCUUGCCAAAAUAACUGCGUGGAAAACACGGUCAGUGAUAAGACACCACCUGAGAAACCUGAACGUAGUAAACCGGUGAUAUUCACGUAGCGUUAUGUAAUGACGUGAUUGUGUGACGCCACCCCUUUUUAUGAAUGUUAUUAAAAAAACAUGACGAUGAUGCAGAAUUUAAAAGGUAAAUACGUAACGACAAGUCCAUAUAGAGUUGACAAAAUCCCGUAAGUUGUACAUAGAUUAUUUCAUGACCCGGAUGCUGUUGAUGGUUAGUGCUGAUUUAUUGUUGCCAUGGAGACAAUGUGAUGUAAUCUAACCCCAUAUUUACAAGCAUAUUGACGCCACAUUGACGUCAUGGAUACAAAUCAAGACGAAACGUCUGCGGAUGCGGCUUAAAAAGGUAAAGGACGUUUUGAUAAGAGUCGUAUUUGAGGAUUAUGUUGAAGAAACUGUCUGGUGAAUCAAGCUGGGGCAUCUGACGAAAAAAACGGCGAUGCAUCCAGAUGAAGUUGCUGGCCAAAUAGGGUGUAUUUUUAAAAGAAUGUAAUGCUAUAGAAAAAGACAGUAUAAUGCAAGUUCUCGGUGUUACGUGUGUAACCCACCGUUAGAUUUUCAACUUUCAAAUACAGAAUGCAGAAAAGUUAAUGAAAGCGCCAAUGGUGAAUUUGAGAACUUCUUAUAAGAGUUGGUCUUGAUAGAUGUUUGUCUGUGUGUUGUGUUUCUUCCAACAGAUUUGAUGACUCACUUCAAGUUUAUUGUCUAUUUAUGGAUUUCUAAUCGCUGCAGCUUGGUUGAUUUAAAAAAACUGUGAUAUAGUGUUCAACUCGAAGCGAGUCACAUCCGAAAUGAGAAACUACCAGUGGGACUAGGGCAUAAAUCUUGUCAUAUAGGACUUGAGCCCCGAUAUUCCUCCUGAGCCGCGUUCAAGCUGUGCCUAGUUUGUGGUUUGAAUACCAUGUGGCAAUAUAUAGUGCAAGGUCGGAUGAAAUAUCCGGUAAAGCCUUAGUUGAUAAUAUAUAUCGUUCACAAAUGUGCGUCUUUGCGCCUUACCUAUGCUAAACUUGCAACAAACGAUAGUGAUGACGUUGACAUGUAACUAUCAAGUGAUAUAAACGUAGAACAGCGCUUUCGUUUUCACAAAUUAAAAACGAAACAUGCCGGUAUUUAAUUUAUCUUGUAGUUUUAUUAUUCUCCUUCAUUAAUGUAGGAAGGAAGGUAAAUUUAGCGACAGGAGCCAGUGCUUGACAAGCAACCUGUGGCGAUGGGCUUUGCCUAAUAUACACCUUUUUAAAGUUACUCUGAAGCAAUUACCAACUGCUUAAGGCGCUGUUAUUCCUGCAUGGCGAAAUGUACGCUGUAUGUAAUAUACAUAAUAUGCACGAUUAUUAUGAUGCUGGUACUCCAGUACUCACCUUAAAAAUUACGAGACUCAGAAAACCCGCUGUGCUUUUUAUGGUGUAAUUUCCUUGUUGUCAAUGCCGAAUAAUGAAUGAUAGAAUAGCAAACUGCAUAAGCGUGUUGAUACUAUAUUUGCGCUUGUGAUGCUACAUUAACUGUAAAUGUAUAAAUGUGGCCUUGCACAGCACUCUCUUUCUCAGAGUUAUACAUGUUACUCUUCUUUACACAGCGUACGCUUAUCAUAACUGUUUUAUUUCAACGGGUAUCGCAAGCACGUGCUCGUGUAAGGGGCGACAUGGGGGAGGCUUGGAUAUUCAGGGUGCCGAUAUGGUAUUUCGCAAUGUACGUUCUAGUGGAGCAAGCCGAGUUCGCAACUGAUUCUUUGUAGUACUGGCGUUGCUGCACCUUGUUAUAUGUAGACAUAUCUUGCCUCUGUGAACAAAUACCGUACUCGCCAAAGGUGUUAAGUUUUAAGACUACUAAGUCUCUUAUCAUGUUUGUUAUGCUUGUGAUUCGGUACUGAUAAAAUAUUGAAUUUACAUACCAACCUUUAGCAGCAAGUAGAAACAAUGAAGCUUUGAAUAUUAGGGUUGUUCACGUUUUCGAAACCAAUGAAACCACGUACUUCAUUGGUCUGUGUAUAUACAUAUAUGUACGUUUGAUAAGCAUACAUUAAGUUCUUUCAUUGGUGUGAUCCACUUUGUGUCUAGACGUACUGGGUUCGUAAGUGGUUCUGUUAGGUUAGUUGUACUGUUUAUAUGCCUUUAAACGUUAAGUUUUGUAUCGGACAUAUUGUCUGCAAGAGGUCUGUUCAGUUUGUUUCUGUGUUCAGUUGGUACAUAUUCUGUACACGUUUAUUGUUAUCAACUUGCUUAGCACCAUGGGUGUUGCCGUUAAAUCUCUGAAGCACUUUGUUCAGGCAACUCUUCGGGCAUAAAAGCCUGAUAGGACAUCUGGGGGUCUUGGUGGAAAGGGGGUGAAACGCUUUAGAUACAAAAUAAGCAGAACAACGUAGAUUACAGUGGGUAAGACACUGAUCCAACGUAAUGUUUUCCGGACUUUAAUUCCAGGACUUAUUGUUGAUUUGAAAAGUAGUGGCAAAAAACGGCGGAUGGCAUUGGGCAACAAUUCUUUCUGGUUUACGGCAUCCGUUAGGAAAAAACUGAUUUUGUCUGAUUUAUCAGAUAAGAGACUUCCUCGUUCCUGCACAGAUUUUCUAGACAUCAGUUUAUCUACAUGCCUAGUAUACCUCUGUAAAAAAGGAAGCCCCAUCUAUCAUCUUAUCAAAAUGCCUCUAGCAGUUUGGGUAUGUAUAUGACGUAGCAUCUUUCAAUACUGAUAGGCCAAAUGAAAAGCCGGAUGUGACGUAAACAGAAUCACCAAAAUUUGUGUCAGCGAUUUGGGCCAAGAAAACGUGUAUUUAACAUUGAUUUUGCAUUGGAUUUGCUGCAUUUGAUCUGAAAAAAAAAACUUUUGUAAAAUAUCUUAUUUGAAUUUACUCUGGUAACAACGCAGAGAACACAAUCAUUAUUUCUACUUCUAGUUUGAAAGGCCGUGGCCUCUUGUUCGUAUUUCUAACUAAGGAUAAGAACAAAAAUAUUAUACCUCACAUAAUCCUAUUUUUUUCAAGGGGAACAAUAACUUUUUUACAAUAAUAAUAUUCGUGCAACACGAUGCAGUCUCUAUACGCUUGAAUGGAAAGGCUUCAAACAUAGUUUUUUUUCGAAAGUUGCACAAGUAAUUGACUUGUUCCACGUAACAGCUUGUAAAAUACCAAGGUUGAGCGAUUUCCGUAUCGGAAGUCUUGCAAGACAUGGAAUGGUUAGGCUACUACGUGGUGUUGAGAGUCUUGGUCGAACGAUUAACCUAUGUUACCUUAUGUAGGCCUAUUUAUUUCGGAUUAUGAAAUAAAAUAAAGAAACUCUCUAACAUAAACAAAAUACAAAUUAUAGACACUGCAUCACGGGGAGAUAAGGUCCAUUAAAUAGCAUAAUAGUACGAAAUAUCAGAAGGUUGUGACCUCUAUUCAUCAAUCACGGGAUUGGUGCCAAGUGUGGGCUUGUUAAUAGAAAAUGAUCCAAAAAUAUCUUCCACGCUUGUUCGACAGAGAAAUUGGCAUUUAACAUUCGAAGGAUGCGUAACAGCAAUACUUCGAACCCCGUUUACAUAAUUCAAGAUGAAGAAAUCUGAUCCAAGGCCCCCGUCCAUCGUACAAGUGACGUCAAGUACAAAGACUUUCAAGAUUGCGUAAAUAACGUAUGAUUUGAAGCAUUAGCAAUGUCUUUUUCUAUUUCCAAAUCGGCACAAUAUUUCAUUCAAUUGGACCGGUUUACCUUCAAUCAAAGUAAAUAAAAAAUUGUUCUUUACAUUAAGACCAAUUUUCUUGGUUAAGUUAUUUUGGGAAACGGGCUGAUUAGUGAACAAAGUUGUUUUCACGAUAGGUGGAGCGCGAAUCAAUACUUGCGUUUUAAGGAGGUGCUUCAGACGACAACAUCCAUGAUGUCAAAGGCAGAUAAAAUUGUACUUAUGUUAUUGUGAUUAAAGGGCUAUCCGUGAGAAUUUUGUCGCCUUUAUUUCAUUUCUUUCUUUUUAAAUAACCUGUAGUCAAGUCAAAAGGGCAUGUUGCACUGCUUACAGUGCGUGUUCUACUUAAAUGGAUAGAUCUGCUCAAAAACGGGACUUUGCACGAGAGUGAAAUACAAGUAAUGCAUUUGAUCGCCCAUUGAAGUCCAAGUGAAGAGAAAGGUAGUCUUGAAGAAGUACAUUUAGAGUUUGGAACUUAUGAGGGAUGAUCAGUAAAAACCCAAAAAAGCCGAUGAUGCAGAUUUAUUUUUGCGACAAAUUUUCACGGGCAGUCCUUUUACCUGUUAUUCGUACACUGCAAUGUGUAUUCCUUAACCAAACUUUCAACUAUCACAACAUUCCUGACUCCCGUUGUUUAUUUACUUUAUUAAUUUUUAAAUGUUUUUCUUCUGUUUUGAACCCCACACGAUCUCCUUUGACACACACGUAUUUAUACACAUACAACCAAUUUUUCACAUUUUAAAGAAAUCAUAUAUGUUUUUCCUGUGUAAACUGCAACAUCAUUUUUAGGUCGCCAGUUCAGUUGCUGUAUUUAAAUGGUGUAGAUGACAUCAUCAGUGUUUGUGUUAAAGUUGAUGACAUCCUCAUUGCUUGUGUUCCUAUAUCUGACAUCAUGGGCCGAAGUGUUAUUAUGCAAUUACCAGCAAUGCAGGUAUAACAUUAUGAUUGGUUCUUUUGAAUGGAAUAUAUUUUAGUAUCAAAUGAGUCCAAAGCUUGGAUGGAAAACUGGUA